AUGUUGGCCCGGAGCAUUGGAGUGCGAGUUUUUCGAAACUGCGCUCGAAGCAGCAGAUUCCCAUCUCCGCCAGCUGCUCGGACAGUCGCCAGACGAUUUUCGUCGAGCUCUCCGCCGACGGCUCAUCAUGCUCCGCCGUCAACGGCACAUCCUCUGGCGGGCGUCACCUCGCAGCUUGACCAUGUCGCCCCGCGGUUCGAGAUCGACCCGGACAACAUUGAGAUCCUCGAUUCCCCGACCGCAUUCUACGAGACCUUGAAGGCGAAAAUCCGAGGCGCGCGGCGAAGGAUCUACCUCUCGACGCUGUACAUCGGCAAGACGGAACAUGAAUUGAUCGAUACCCUGAGGCAGGCACUCGAGGACAAUCCGAACCUCGAGCUGUCGAUCUUGACAGAUGCAUUGCGAGGAACCAGGGAGGAUCCUGAGCCAUCAUGCGCGACUCUGCUGGCGCCUCUGGUGUCGCAGUUCGGCGACCGCGUGCGGGUCUCCAUGUUCCACACGCCCAAUCUGAACGGCUGGAAGAAGAAAUACAUGCCUAAACGCAUCAAUGAGGGCUGGGGUCUCCAGCACAUGAAGCUGUACGGGUUUGAUGACGAGAUCAUGUUGUCAGGUGCCAAUCUGUCGAACGAUUACUUUACGGAUCGGCAGGAUCGAUAUCACAUCUUCUCCUCCAAGGAGCUCACGGACUUCUACGCCGCGGUCCACGAAGCUGUCUGCGACCUGUCGUACACGCUGGUCCCGUCGGACCAGCGACCGGGCGGGUUUGAGCUCAUCAGUCCGCACGAACGUGGCUUUCCCGAUCCGCUGUGGCAUACGAAACGGUUCAAGGCGUACGCAAAGCAGAGCCUCGAGCCACUGAUCCACAAGAAGGCACGUCAGAAGAUGUUCCCCGUGCCGUUCACCAAGGACAAGACAUUCGUGUAUCCGCUGGCUCAGUUUGACAUACUGCUCGGCCAACCCAGGAACAUGGCCUUUCUCGACUACGAGUUUGCGACCUACACGUCGACCGAGAAACCCGCUCUCACGCGCCUGUUGACGAAUCUGGCCGACGACGAACGACUCCGCAAUUCCACGUGGACGUUCACGGCCGGUUAUUUCAACAUCGAUCCGGAUAUCUGCGAGCUCUUGAUCGCGGCGGCCCCAGAGGUCGGCAAGGCACUCUCGGGGCCAGGCACGGAGGACUUUGAAAAAGCCUGCACCGUCAUCACGGCGUCACCCUGGGCCAAUGGCUUCUACGGCAGCAAGGGCGUCAGCGGCAUGCUGCCGGCGGCGUACACUUUGCUGUCACGCCGGUUUCUUCGCACCGUCGCCAAGGCGGGUAAAACGGACGUGAUCCAGCUGAAAGAAUGGCGCAAAGGCACUGUCGGCGAGCCCGGCGGCAUGACUUACCACGCCAAGGGGCUUUGGGUGACCCUUCCACCUCAGCCCGGUCCCGGAGCCGAUUCUGCUGCUGUGGUGGAUGAGACGGGACCCAGCAUCACCGUCGUUGGCAGCAGCAACUACACGAAGCGCAGCUACAGUCUCGACCUGGAAAUCGGAGCCAUGGUGGUCACCGGCGACGAAGGUCUCAAGGCGCGCCUUAAGCAGGAAACGGAAAAUCUGCAGGCCAAUGCCACGGUUGUGACACAAGACGAUCUGGCCAAGAUCGACCGUCGUGUCGGUUUGAAGGUCAGGCUUGCGCUUUGGCUCGUCGAGGCUCUGGGCGGUGCGCUUUGA